AAAAGGGGAUCAGUUAUCCAGUCAGUGAGAGAAGAAGUGGGCGACACGAGGAGAGAGGAGAACCUAAAACCAGUCGGAGAAAGUGUGGGGGUUUUGGAGCUGGAGGACGGAGAGUAAAAUGGCCCAACGUCUGCGUUUGUACUUUGGAUCUGGCCGCAGCAAUACAGCACCAGAGAUACUGGAGGGAGACUCGGAGGAACAGCAGGAAGACAGUGAGGAGGUUGCAGUAGUCUUCACUCCCACACCUUUUCUGUCAAGGCCACCUCAAGUGUUAGCUGGGGAGAAUGUCCAUUCAGCUAGUUCUGCUUUACAGUCUGAGCCUUUGCUGAAACGCAGCUCUUCGAUGUUCAUACCCCAUCUUGCUGCUUUUGCCGAACCACGUGCAACUAAGAGCUCAUCAAUGCAUAUAUCACUUCAUCGCUCAAGUGAAUCAAGUAACGGAGAGCCUACCGGAGUUGAUGAUGUCCCACCACCCUCUUAUACUCCUCCAGGACCUGCGCCUGCAUACACUGAACUAAGGACUCGAGCUGACCUUCCACAACAGCCACCGCCUCCAUACUACAGCCCAGAUUCCUUAAACAUACAGUCUUGUCUGAUGGAGCCAAACCUUCCCAAACGCAGAGUGUUUUGUCUUGGUUCCAGGGGCCAUGCUGCUUUCAACAGAUUCCAACCUGGUAAUAGUGUUGGGACUAUUUGUAUUAAGAAAAAAUCUCUUAACGGUUCUGAUGUCCAGCAUUUUAGGAUUCUUCCAAACGGUGGUGCGGGUUGGUCUGUCCAACAGGAGAGCCUGGAUCACUGCUUUGAUGUUAAUGGGACAACACAAAGACUAGUAUUUCAGCUCCAGCAAGACCAGAAAAAUACCUACCAGGGACGACAAGAGUCAACUUCCCAUCAGGAAGAAUGCUCAGACUUUGGGCAAAGCAGUACUAGAGGAUUACAAACAGUGCGUUAUCCAAGAAUUAGAUUCCACCGGAGUUCAUCCCAACAAAGUCUUUUGCUGGAGGAUAAACACUUGGAAAGCGGAACAGAAUAUCCGACUAUAGAGGAGAAUCCAACUUAUGUUGAGGCAGAAACUAAAAACGGGUCGAAUGGUUGUGUUUUUAAAAUUGAAGAGGAAGCCCCCAGAAGGCAACCACAUUUCAAGAUAUACUUUUCCCAGAGUGGAGGUGGAGAUAAGGAAGUUAAUAUUGGCAAAGAAUCAACAAAUAAUCCCAAGACUAGAGAUGACUUCCUGGGACAAGUUGAUGUUCCUCUUAAUCAUCUCCCAACGGAGGAUCCUGCCAUGGAGCGGCCUUACACAUUUAAAGACUUUCUGCUUCGACCUCGAAGUCAUAAGUCCAGGGUAAAGGGUUACUUGCGACUGAAGAUGGCUUAUCUACCCAAGCAAGGAGGACAAGAGGAGGAGACUGGAGAAAUUAGGGAGGAAGCUGAGGUUUGGGAUGAGUCUGCUGACUCGGGCUCUCAGCGACCCCAGCAGUUGCUGCCCCCUUUACCCCAAGGCUGGGAAGAAAAAGUGGACAACUUGGGACGUACCUACUAUGUGAAUCACAACAACCGCUCCACCCAGUGGAAACGACCCUCCAACAUGGAUGUUAUCUCUGAGAUUGAAAGUGACAAUCAGCAGCGACAGAUCCAUCAGGAAGCUCACCGUGUUUUCCGUGCGAGGCGCCACAUCAGUGAAGACCUGGAGAACGAGCACUUGGAGCACAGAGACGUGGAUAAUUCUUGGGAGCUUAUCACAGAAGAGGAUCCCAAUGACAGCCUGGCUCAGUCUUUGCCUGGCCCUUCUGCCGUUUUGACACCACAGCAUCCACCUACACCUAUUAGUCAAGACUUCUCCAACGGUUUAAAUCUGAGGCUGUCCAUCGCUUCUGAGGCCAACGGUGAAGUACCAGGGCCAAGCUCUGCUCUGAGCCAGUUGUCAAACAGACUCCGAUCCUCUAGCAUGACAGAUGGCGUCAGUGAUCAGGCCCAGGCUCCUCCUCUAAUGCAGAGUUCGCAAACCAGAAGAUCAAGAGCUCAAACAGUCUCAGGUGGUGAGGAGCCUAUGUCCCCCUCGGCAGCAGCUUAUACCUUGACCACCCCCGGCUUGCCCCCCGGAUGGGAGGAGAGGAAGGAUGCCAAGGGAAGAACUUAUUACGUCAACCAUAACAACCGAACCACUACUUGGACUAGGCCAAUUGUGCAGCUGACUGAAGAUGGAGCCAGUACCUCAGUAGCAGCAUCAGGAGGAGCCUCGGCCCUGACACCUACUUCCACCCCUUCCUCCUCUUCCAAUAUCUCCAACAACCACCUCCAUGAGCCCCAAGUACGACGGCCUCGUAGUCUCAGCUCCCCUACUGUCACCCUUUCCACCCCUUUGGAGGGAGCCAACAAUAUUCAGGUACGGAGGGCAGUGAAGGACACUCUUUCCAAUCCUCAGACUCCCCAGCUGUCGCCCUACAGCUCCCCGAAAUCCCAACACAAGACCCAACAGAGCUUCCUGCCUCCAGGCUGGGAGAUGAGAAUAGCCCCAAAUGGAAGGCCCUUCUUCAUUGACCACAACAACAGAUCUACCACCUGGGAGGACCCCAGAUUGAAAUAUCCAGUCCACAUGAGGAAUAAGAAUUCAAUGGAACCCGGGGAACUUGGACCUCUUCCUAACCUACCAGAGGAGCCUGGAUGGGAAGAACGGGUUCACACAGACGGACGAACAUUUUACAUCGACCACAAUACGAAGACCACGCAGUGGGAGGAUCCUCGUCUGCAGAGUCCAGCUAUCACAGGGCCGGCGGUACCAUACUCCAGAGAAUUUAAGCAGAAAUAUGAUUACUUCAGGAAGAAGUUAAAGAAACCGGCUGACAUCCCCAAUCGGUUCGAGAUGAAGCUCCACAGAAACAACAUCUUCGAGGAGUCGUAUCGUCGAAUAAUGUCCUUAAAAAGACCAGAUGUUCUGAAGGCACGACUGUGGAUCGAGUUUGAGUCCGAGAAGGGACUGGAUUACGGUGGCGUGGCCAGAGAGUGGUUCUUUCUCUUAUCCAAGGAGAUGUUCAACCCUUACUACGGCUUGUUUGAGUACUCUGCCACAGAUAACUACACUCUCCAAAUUAAUCCCAACUCUGGUCUGUGCAAUGAAGAUCACCUCUCUUAUUUCAAGUUCAUUGGGCGUGUGGCAGGCAUGGCUGUGUUUCACGGAAAGCUUCUAGAUGGUUUUUUCAUAAGGCCGUUUUACAAGAUGAUGCUGGGAAAAUCGAUCUCGCUUAAAGACAUGGAGUCUGUGGACAGUGAAUACUACAACUCUCUGAAGUGGAUUCUGGAGAACGAUCCCACUGAACUUGACCUGAGGUUUUGUAUAGAUGAGGACAACUUUGGACAGACCUACCAGGUGGACUUGAAGCCCAGUGGCUCAGAACUGGUGGUUACCAAUGACAACAAAAAGGAGUACAUAGACCUGGUAAUUCAGUGGAGAUUCGUCAACCGGGUCCAGAAGCAGAUGAAUGCAUUCUUGGAGGGCUUCACUGAGCUCAUCCAGAUUGAUCUGAUCAAGAUCUUUGAUGAAAACGAGUUGGAGCUGCUCAUGUGCGGUCUGGGCGAUGUUGACGUCAACGAUUGGAGACAACACACUGUUUACAAGAACAGCUACUGCCCCAACCAUCCAGUCAUUCAGUGGUUCUGGAAGGUCGUCCUGCUAAUGGACGCUGAGAAGAGAAUCCGCCUCCUGCAGUUUGUUACAGGAACAUCCCGGGUUCCCAUGAAUGGCUUUGCUGAGCUUUAUGGCUCUAAUGGACCACAGCUCUUCACCAUUGAGCAGUGGGGAACACCAGAUAAACUACCAAGGGCUCACACAUGUUUCAACCGCUUGGAUCUGCCUGCCUAUGAAUCAUUCGAGGACCUGAGAGAGAAACUCCUCAUGGCUGUAGAGAACGCUCAGGGGUUCGAGGGGGUAGACUAAAUGUCAAAAUUGAGGCCCUGGGGAGAAGGAAAAAUCAGCUGCUGUUGCAGUUUUGCGUGAGCAUGUUGUCCUUUAAUGCCUGACCGUGCACCACCCUUACAGCAUGGUGGCUUGAGACUGUACAGUGACUUGUCCCGCCAAUAUGCCUACAUAGUCAUUUUUUUUUAGAUCUUUUCAGUGCGGAUAGGUGACUCCACAAAACUGCCAGGGAAAGAAGAAGAACACUUCUCGGCUGAAACCUCUUUUCCUCUUUGAGCUGGCCCUCAAAAACACAGUUCCCUCCCUCUCUUCUCCCUCAUCCUGUGAAAAUCUACAGUGCUGGAAAAAAUUUCAUUUCAACAAUUCUUUCACUAUAGCACAGUGUUUUGGGCAGCCUUUAAAGGAAGGGUUUUGUUGUUGUUUUUUGGCAUGGCCUUAACCCGGCUACCUACAUGCACUACUUUUCAACAACAAAAAAUGCAAUGGCACUAUGAAAACUACUCUUUCAAAUCUUUAGACCAACACCAGAUUACCUUAGGAAUGCUAGCCAAUCCCGUGUCAGGACAUCGGCCACGCCCUUUUGUGAGCCUUGUUUGUUACCUGAUCAGUUGUUGCCACCACAGCCUUUUUUUUUAAGUCACUGAGGAAAAAUGUAACAACGGGGUAGCAAAUAUUCCCUCAACUUUUUGUUUUCAAAUACAUAGAUGAGUAUAUAGAUAUUGUUUUGUCAACAUGGAAAAUAUUUUCUUUUAUCAUUUCUAUAACUCUUACAGGAAAGUACUCUGUGUAUUUGUACUGAUGAACAACGUCCUUCUUCACUAUUUUGGCAGGUCUGGCAGGAUGUCCAUGUUACAGUCAUAGCAAAUGUGCUUGAUAGGAUGUUUUUUUUUGUUUUGUUUUCUUGUAGUGCUUUGAAAGCAGCAUGCUAGUGUACCUGGUGUUUGCUUUAACUUCAUACUAAUUUAAGUGUAAGGGGUCUAAAGGUUGUGAAGGUGAAAACUAAAACCGGGGAGUUACUCUCAUUACUUAAUGCCUGGUGAUGUUCAUAAUGCUGUAAAUUGUUUUUGGAAAAGAAAAAGAAUUUUAAGUUCCUUCAUGAUAUAUAAAUAUAUGUAUGUAUUACAUUUAACAAAAGUAUUAUUGAUCAGCGUUGAAAUGAGGCUGUGUGUGUGUGUGUGUGUGUGCGCGCGUGAGUGUAUGAGAGAAAAGCUGUGAUCGCCACCGACUAUAAAGCAGCACGUUUCUUACAAAGAUAAUGUGUGUCUUUAUUAUGUUCUUUCUCAUUUUCUAACACCACUGAACCUAAAGGGCACUUUAUAGAUCACUCUGAGGUCAUGCUGCCUGAUGUUUAUCUUAUUUACUUGAAUGUGACUCUUUUUGUUUGUUUGUUUGUUUGUUUGUAUUUCAUUCAGAGCACUCACUUGGUGCAAUAUGAAAACUGUAAAUCUGGACUGCUGCUAUAGAAAUGGUAAAGAAAUGACUUUGUAAUCUUCACUUUUCUCUAUAUUUUCCUUGUGCUCCUGUUUGUAAAAUUCACACUCUUGACUGACUCUUCAAGUUCAUUUUUAUUAAGUAAUUUCUUUUUUUUUUAAU